AUUGGGAUUCGGGGAUUGAGGCUCAAUAGUUUGUCUCUCUUUACUUUCUCAAUUCCUUUUUUUUUCUCUCCGAGAUGAGAAAUUGAAUAGCACCGCUAUGAGAAGAGGUUGAUUUGUGAGCGAGGGAUUGAUUCAUUGAAGCACGGCAGAUGGGUUGGUACUGUGACUGGAAUAUCUGUUGGUGGGGAUGUGAAGCUAUCGCGGAAGUCGGGCAGCGAGGGACGACGAUAUGGAUUCCUCUGAAUCUGCAACCAGACUGCGAAAUAUCUAGGAAGAUAUUGAUUGUGAGGGGUUUUAUUUCGUCGAAGGAAGGGAAGUAUUACUGUAUCUCUCUCCUCUCAUCUUCUCAGACCUCUCGAAAGAUAGAGCGUUCACUCUUUACUCAUUAUAGCUUACUUAAGGUACUUCUAUACUAUGACCGGCCUCGAAGAAGACACUCUCGUGCCAUUCACGCUCCCCGCCGACGCUCCCUCGAUCCUUCGACCCUCUCCCUCCCUCUGCACGAAGCAGAGCAAAGCAGAAUUCAUCAGCAAACCCACCCCAGCUUGCUCCUCUCCGCUUCUCCUCUCCUCUCCCACCUCCCCAACCACAUCUCAAGAUCAUACCUAUCCAUUCAGAACCCCGCACCUCUCCUCGUCUAUAUAUAUCAUACUCGUCUCUCCCAGUGCAGCAGACACAUAUGUCCGUCUCCGAAAGCUGGACGGAUGGCGGGGGGUCGAGAUGUAUAUUUCGAUGAUGGAUAAAGAAGGGAUCUUGAAGCUGGAAGGUUGAGGUGUAGGAGUUAAGGAGGUUUGGAUGAGCGGGGGGUGUAUAAGGCGUGGUUCUCUGGGUGCUGGACGCGCUGGUUAGGUGCGGAUCAGAGGUCGAAGGAGGGGGAGCUGGCCAUAUGCUUGCUUGCUUCACACCUUUCAGGUCACGUUAUUUACGAGAGUAUCUCAGAAGUAGAAUAAAAGUAGAAAGAAUCCCCAUGCAA